AUGAAGUCCCUUCUACGCAGCGCGUUUAUUGGAGUUCUUUCUGCAGCAGGUGUCUUCAGUGCACCGCUAGAAACUCGCCAGCAAGGGAUUACCGAUAUUGAUAUCCUGCAAUUCGCCCUGACUCUUGAACAUCUGGAAAAUGUUUUCUACAAGGGUGCUUUCUCUCGGUUCACACAGAAUCAUUUCCACGAGGCUGGCUUCGAUGCUAGACUGUUCAAUCAGCUGAAAUUUAUCGCCCAGGAUGAGGAGGACCAUGUUGUGUUCAUUACCCAGGCUCUUAGGAAUGCUGGAGUGAAUCCUGUUUCGGCUUGCGAGUACAAGUUUCCGUACUCCGACAUCCACAGCUUCCUUGGCCUGGCAUCAGUUCUUGAGGGUAUCGGUACCUCCGCCUACUUGGGCGGUGCUCGAGUUAUUUCAGACAAGGAUAUCCUUACCCAGGCAGGUGCUAUUCUUGUCUCAGAAGGCCUCCACCAGUCCGUCUUGCGAAACAGCCUGAAUUUGAUAUCAUCUGCCAAGGUUACUGGCACGCCAAUUAAUGCCAAUGCUAUCUUUUCCCUGGCUGCCUCCUUUAUUGUCUCAUGCCCUCAGCAGAACGUCGCUCUUCCGUUCAAGGCAUUCCCAAACCUGAGCCCAAUCGAAGCCGGCCCCUAUGCUGUUUCCGCACUUGCCCAAUUCCGUGUGGGAGGUGAUGUCAACUUCGGCAAUGGUGCGGUCUUCCUCACCUUCGUCAGCGGUCUAGAUAUCGUCAGUGUUCUGGUCGAACGUAUCGACGUCGUCCUGAUCGUUGCCAUUCCAUCGGUGAUUAGUGGACAAUCAUACGUUUUCCUCACCAAUACUGAUGCCCAAGGUUCCAUCGCCGACAAUAUUAUCAUUGCUGGCCCAGCUAUCAUCGAGGUUACCCCUGGUGCAGCCUCAAUCGACCUAGGAAUCUUAUAA